AAACUCCUUUACGUAUGAGUAAUUUACGAACUUACACAGUGUGGCAACAUAAAGAAAACUCUACUGCAUUCAAAAAUAUAUUUUGUUAUAUAAUGUGCAUGAGGUGCAAUGUGUGAGACUGCUGUUACAGUUGAGUGUGAAAAUUCAAAAUGGCAGAGAAGGAGGACUGUGAAGGGGUGAUAGCCACAGAGCGCUAUGGCUCACAGGAGUCAUGGAAAUACAUGCUGAAGGAUGAUGGGAGCAUGAAGAGACAGAAGGAUGCAGCGGACGGCAGACUGGCGGGAAAUUCGAUCUCUGGCGUGUUUAAAAGUGUGUUCCUGCCGCAGGGCUAUCCCGAAAGUGUCAGUGAGGAUUACCUACAGUAUCAGCUCUGGGACACUGUGCAGGCAUUUUCCAGCUCUCUGUCUGGCACGCUUGCCACUCAGGCUUCACUGAAGGGUGUUGGUGUUGGAAAUCAAGAAGCAACAGUUGCAGCAGCUACAAUAACGUGGCUGCUGAGGGAUGGAACUGGGAUGCUGGGAAGAAUAGUUUUUGCUUGGCUCAAAGGGAACAAGUUAGAUUCUGAAGCCAAAAAAUGGAGGCUCUUCGCUGACAUUCUCAAUGACGUGGCAAUGUUCAUUGAGAUUGCAGCUCCUCAUUUCCCUCCAUUUUUCACUCUAAUCGUCUGCAUUGCUGGGAUAUUUAAGUCCAUUGUAGGAGUCGCUGGUGGAGCAACAAGAGCUGCCUUAACUGUCCAUCAGGCUCGCAGAAACAACAUGGCUGAUAUCUCCGCCAAAGAUGGGAGCCAGGAAACCCUGGUGAACCUGGCAGGACUGCUGGUCAGCCUGGCACUCAUCCCGCUUGUGACAGAUAACCCCUUGUUGACGUUCAUCCUGUUCUUCCUGUUCACUGUCCUCCACCUGUUUGCCAAUUACAAAGCGGUUCGUUCUGUGGUUAUGGAAACGCUCAACGAGGCUCGCUUGUCCAUAGUCCUGCAUCAGUACCUGCUUGAUGGUCAACUGCUCAGUCCAGUGGAGGCCAAUCAGAAGGAGCCCGUCUUCUUGUGUAUGGCCCUUAAACCCAAUCUUCUUCAAUUAAUAGGAUUCAUUAUGAUCCUAUUACUCAUAAAAAUACUCAUAAAAAACAGUAUUGACUGUUAAAAUGAUGUCUUAUUGAUUUUAAGGCCAGGAGAACUGCAGCUGGCAUUGAAGAACAACAGCAAACCGUAUCUCAUUGGAAUCAAAAAUGGUACUGUGUGUGUGUGUGUGGGAAGCGAUGCUUCUGUGCGUGAUGAAAUCAUGGCAGCGUGUCAGGCCUUGUGUCUCCGUGCUGUGCUGCUGGAUGAUUCCUCUCUGAGCGGUGCGCUCAAGCAGCUCUCAAACACUAAGGACCCAUGGGAGUUAGUAUCACAGAGUCAUAAGAUGAUUAAUCACAUUUUCCAGACAUUCCUAAAAGAACUGGAUCAAGCAAAGUGGCAAACAGACCGGACACUGCUGGACUGGAAUGAGUGGCGUGUGGAAUGGAGCAAAAAGAGAAGCUGAAGCAAAUUUCGAAAGAAAUAGCAGCUGGAUGUUUUGGUUUUGACUGAUAUUCACUUUGAAACAUCUGUCAGUUUUAAAAGAUUUGAAGUGCUGAAAGAGUGCAGAUUUCCGCAAGUGUCUUAAAUACACCAUACAAAUAAAAACAAAGAGGAGCGA